AUGGACGCGCUCAUCCAGUUCACGACGUCGGGCUCGCUUGUCGACCUCGUCGACAAGAAGGUCCUCGUCAUGCUCCGCGACGGGCGCAAGCUUAUCGGUGUGCUCCGCUCGUACGACCAGUUUGCCAACUUCCUCCUCGAAUCCACCGUUGAGCGGCUACACCUCGGCCAUGAGUUUGCGGACGUCGACAUCGGCGUUCUGUUGAUUCGUGGCGAGAACGUUGUCGCGCUGGGCGAGAUUGACCUUAUUGCCGAAGACGAGCUGCCCCUCAGGCAGAUCCCCGAGGACGAGAUGAAAGCCAAGAUCAAGGAGUUUGAGCGUCGGCGAGAACGGGACAAUGCCAUCAAGGACCGAGUCAUGGCGUCGAUUGGGUUUGUGUCUGACAGGCAUGAGGGUGAUGCGUACUAG